UGAGUGUCUACAAUACCUGUUAUCCCCUUGGCAGCCAGAGGUAUGGGGUCAGCCCAGGAGAUCUAGGCAGGGUGGAUAGCCCGGGGUGGCCCCAGACAAGACUUCAUAUUGAGUCUUUGUGGAUCCAGGCCAGUGAAUCUAGGCAGGAGCCAUCAAUAGUGGCCAGAUUGACUCCAGGCGGUGGGUCCUCUAGUCCCACGACCUCCAAGAUUUGGCAGGUAUGUGUCAUAUACUAAGACCACAGACAUAUCGCCCUCCCAUUCUCACUUCCUUCCAGCAGUGCCAGGCCUUUUAUUCUGGAAUGUCACAAUUCCUGCAAGGAGAGGAGUCUUGCUGGAUCCGCUCCCAGAGACCAUUCAAUUCAGAUUCUCUGUGCCAGGCCUCUGAGCCACUGUUCACCCCUCCUGGACUCAUCCUUUCUCCUCUGCUCUGGUACACACUCUGGCCUCAUCCCCAUCUUACCUUCCCUUAGAAUGGCACCAUGAGCUUGCCACUCUCCAUCUGAACAGCUGUGAAAUGCAGACAAACCUCUACUCUCACUGAUAGCUCUUGGGAGCCCAUGGGAUUCAGGGCCAAAUGCAACUGUCAAAUAGCAAGUGGGUACCCAAAUUAUAUGCAACCUUUUCUGCAUCUUGGACUGAAGUUUCUGGAGCUCUAAUGACCCCUUGAGCUGGGUCUGACGUCCUAAGCCAUCUCCCCACGAUUCUCCUCCACACUUCAUUGAGCUCCUUCCGACCUGUGUGCUUGGCCCCUGCUAUGCCUCACUUCCUCUACCCUUCUCAAAUCCUCCCCUCCCAGUACCUAGGACUGAUCAGUGGCCCAUACUGAAGUCUUACAGGAACUGUAACCUGCCUUUCUCCAUGUCUUGGGCCUUACACUGCCCUCCCCUAAACUUCUGUGGUCAUGUUGAGCCUUGUCCUGUUUGGCUAGUUCUUCUCUUGAUCCUGAGCAGGCUGAGUGUAAAAGUGCCUUUGAGCUCUCUGGGGCAAGAUGGUAGUGUGAACACAUGCAUUUCACUUGGUUCAGAAACCCACUGAAGCUACAGAGAUGAGAGUUUAAAAAUACAAACCCACAAGACUGAGUAUGGUGAAACGGGUCAACAGCAAUGGCAUUCUGGAACUAGAAGCAGAUGCAGAUGUGGGAUCUUUCUCAGAUUUAGAGAAAGGCAAAUAUUGAUUUGGCACUGGGGGAAGCGGAUUGAGGUCCCACCAGGCUUAUAUUGCAGAACUCCAGAAGGCUUGCAAACCAGUAGCCCCCAGGGAGAGGAGACCUAAACAAAGAUGCCUGGGGGAGAGUUACUAAAGCUAUUAGAGCACCAGCUCUCCCCAUACAGUGGAUGGUGGACGUCAUUUCUGGGGAAACCAUACACUUCCAGAGAAGCAAUCUAAGUCGCCUCCCCAAAACAGCUCAGUCUGAUGACACAUAGAAGAGUUGACAGGCCCCAGUCAUGCAGAUGCUCACAGCUUCCAAUCAGUAAGACCACUGCUCUUCAUUGAGUGCUGGCCCCUAGGGAUUACUAGGUAUCACAAGAAAUCAAAACACACAUAUGCAAUUUAGUAUUGAAGAAGCCAUGAUCCAGCUACUUGGUUUCUGGGAGCAAAGCACCCCUUCCCACAUUCUUGCCUACUGAGAUAAACUGAAGAUCUCUCUUACUCAUUCUGGUACCCGGUGUAAAAGGUUAGCAGCGUCCCCUGACCUGGACAAAAACCUUCAUCCCUCACUUUGCAGUACUGACAUCUGAGAACAUGUCUGAGACUGAGGGUUUAAAUCAUGGGACAGUUUCGUCAUGUGUAAACGAGUGCCCACCCUGGUCCCUGUCUUCCAUGUCCGUGGGGCGCUCAGCAGAGGUCGAAUGAAGGACCCCAGCACCAUCCUCGCUGGAAUCCUUCCCGGGGUUGGUGGAGAAAGUCCACGAUGAGGCCCGCCUUCCGGGCCGUAUCCCGCUUCCUCCUGGGACCACCCGGAGGCGAGUCUCGGCCGAACUACGCUACAGCAGCCGUCACUUCCGGCCUCCAGGAGGACCGGGCGACGCUCUGGCCGUUGCCUUGGAAACCGAGGGAGGCGGGCGCGUAUCCUCUAGUGAUUAUCAAGCGUACUGCUCAGCGGCUAGAGCUAAGCGUCUGGAGGAACGCUGGGGAGGGGCCUCGGUGGGGUGCCAGCUCUGAAUGGCCGUAAGGUCACGCUCCUCCCCCACCUCACUUGCCAAUAGGCGCCGGGUCCAUUGUGCACAUGCGCAGGAUUCUCACAUACCGUCCGUCACGGCCGUUGGUGAGUCUAGGGCUCGGAUGCAAAGGAAGAGCGGUCGCUAGUGAGGGGAGGGAGUCCCCCACCUCUGCUACUCUUCAGAUUUCUCUAAAAGGAACAGAGCUCUUCUCAGUCGUGAGAGGCCUUUGGAAAUGAGCAUCCGCUGGCGGAGGCCGCGCCCGUCCUUGCUUGCUGAGUCUCACGGGAAACGUAGUCCGAAGGGAGGGGGGCGGUACCUGCCCCGCAGGCGCGUGAUUCGCCGGGGCGGAGUUGCCAUGGCAACGCGCAGAGGGGCGGGGAGGCGGGGCCCCUACCAGAAGCGGCGUCCCUGCGUCCGCGCCGCGGUGGAGUUGAGCUUGGGCUGGGCUGGGCGCGGCUUUUUCCCGGCCCUGGAGACCGGGCCGCCCUGCGCGCCCAGCACCCCGCCUACCUCCCGACGCGCUGCGCGCUCCAGCUCCUGGCCUCUGCCCGGCCCUUCCUGCGCCCAGCACCGUGUUCCCCGUCCUCUGACGAGACCUCGUCUUCCCCCUCCCUUUUAGGAGACGCACUCUAGGGGAUCGGGCCUGGUCUAGAUGGCCUAACAGGUCCCCCAGCUGGGCUUGUUUCAUUGCAGACCCUCUUGACGGCCGGGACACAGUGUUCGCUCACGACUCCACGCAACUCGUAGCUUUGUUUUGUUGUGCUUGUCACAUUUUCCGGUUCGGGGCGCUCUGAGUCAUUAGUUCGCUGGGGUCAGCGAGCACGGUGUCUUGGAGUACACGCAGCCCCAGCCUCGACCCAUGGCACACACGUGCCUCAUGCUUCUAGCCGGCCCCUCAGGGUGCGCACUUCAGUCAACAUGUCCCGAUGUCCUGGAGAUCGUGGGGACACACACUCCACCAUAGCCCAGCUCGGCCCGGUGUCCUACUGCUGCCUCCUCCCACCUUCACUGCGCCUGCUCACCAGGGAUGAUGGCCUCACCUGGUCCCUGGCUCCCUGUCCCUCCGCCUCCUGCCGGUCACUUUCCCUGGCUCCUGAGUCAGACCCUGGAAGCCUGCGAUGACUCCUUUUGCCUACCUUUUCAUCAUCUCCUGCGGUUUCCUGGAAACAAAGCAUUCAUCCACAAGGCUUCUUUCUGCCUUCAGUUCCUGUCAGCAGCCAGCUCCCGUGACCCCUCCCUCCACAAAGCCUUCCCAAUCUCGUGCAUCCCUGUGCCAGGGUCCUCCCUCCCUGAGCCUCAGCUCCCUGGGCUGGGCCUGUCUGCCCUACCCUAGCCAUGGUCUCUUAGCCCGCACCCUGAUCCCUCCUUUCCUGCAGGUCCCUCUUGCUGGCUACAAGAAGACACCCUACAACAAUGCCAUCCCCACUGGGCCCCCCACGCCUGCCCUCUGUGGACCCCGUGGCCAUCCUGGAGGAGACUGAGGCAGCACGCCUGCGCUUCCGGGGAUUCUGCUACCAGGAGGUGGCAGGUCCCCGUGAGGCCCUGGCCCGGCUUCGAGAGCUGUGCCGGCAGUGGCUGCGGCCAGAGGCAUGCUCCAAGGAGCAGAUCCUGGAGCUGCUGGUGCUGGAGCAGUUUUUGGGCACACUGCCUCCUGAGAUUCAGGCCUGGGUGCGGGGCCAGCGGCCAGGCAGCCCUGAGGAGGCUGUAGCCCUGGUCGAGGGCCUGCAGCAUGACCCUGGGCAGCUCCUGGGCUGGAUCACAGCCCAUGUCCUGAAGCAAGUGGUGCUCCCAUCAGCACAGAAGACAGAAGAGUCCUUGGGGAGAUCCCACCCUUCAGCGACAGUGGAGCUCCUCAGGGCAACCUCCGGGGAGGGCUCACAGGACACCCAGAUGGAGAGGUCUGCCCAGCUUAGCUGCAGUGUGAAGGAGGAGCCAGAUGCUGAUGGGCAGGAGAUGGCACCUUCCAACCCCCCAAAUCCAGCCCAGUCCUGCGAGAGGCACCCUGGACACCGGGAAGCAGCCUCCAUAUCCUUCCACGCACCCAGGAUUCAGGAGGAGUGGGGGCUACUGGACCCGUCACAGAAGGAACUGUACUGGGACGCAAUGCUGGAGAAGUAUGGCACGGUGGUCUCCCUGGGGAUACCGGCCCCCCCGCCGGAGGCACAGGCUGAGUCGGAGCCAGAGGCACUGCGUUCAGGGACAGAGGGUCGAAGAAGCCUCCAUCCAGGAGAUGAGAGUGAGAGCCACUGCGAAGGUCCACCCCACUGCCCAGAGGCACAGCCACCCCGGGGCCCAGGGUCUGUCACCUGGGAGGGCCCGUCUGGGGCCUCUCUGUCUGCCAGGGCAGUGCUGGGAGCAGGGCUGGAGCCUGGUGCUCCGCAGAGGAAGCCUUACACCUGUGAGCUGUGUGGCCGAGGCUUCGACUGGAAAUCAGUCUUUGUCAUCCACCACCGGACACAUGCAGAUGGCCAGGGUACUCGGGCCCCGGCACUGGCCGUCGGAGGCGCCCAGAAGCUGCCACAGGGUUCCCGGGAGCCAGGCACAGCCCGACACCCCCGGCGUGUGCUCCCAGGCCCCCGGAGCUAUGCGUGUGAGGAGUGCGGGCGCAGCUUCAGCUGGAAGUCGCAGCUGGUCAUCCACCGCAAAAGCCACGCAGGCCAGCGGCGCCACUUCUGUGGAGACUGCGGCCGUGGCUUCGACUGGAAGUCCCAGCUGGUCAUCCACAGGAAGAGCCACCGGCCUGAAGCCCCAUGAGUGGCUCGAGAAGGCAACCUCAUCUUGGGGGCCUCGGAGCCUCUAGGGUCUGGACACAGUUCCCGGUACUCUGGCUCUAGCCUUCCCAGGGCUGCUCAGCCUCUGUCUGUGAUACUGGUGAAUCGGAGUUCCUGGGAGGGUCCCUGCCCCCGUUUCAGUCUCCCCAGAACAGCCACCUGGGUGUAAGUAAAAGAAGCUGCCCCUCCCCCCCACCACCUGGUGAGGCCUGGGUUGCAAUCCGCUGCCUAAGCCUGGUGACUUCCAAGCUCUGAGAUCCCCGGCUGUGACCUCAUGCAGGCUGACAGGCUGAGGACUCUCCCUGCCCCUGGGACCUUACUGGCCCCAGGUGGGUGCUCGUAAACGGCCCCUUUCCACUCUUCCUGACGCUUCUGGGCCUGACGUCUUGGUGUGGAAGUUGCAGAAAGCUCAGGAGAGUGUGCCUGGCUUCUGUUUGUAGGCAGAUGGGAAACUAAUGACCUUCCACAUUUGAGAUGUUUUAAAAACUCCACUUUUAUAAUGGGAAGUUUCUGGAUAAGAAUCCUGAUCUCUGCUUUCUGCUGGUCAGAAUAUCAGCAGCGCCACUCCUGCCUAGCAGCUGGAGCCACAAGAAGGGCCAGCAGUCCUGGUCUCCUGGCCUACUGUAUUCCUUGGCCACCCAUGUCACUCCUUGGCCUCCUUGGCCUUUGAGCUCUUGAGUCCCAGCUUGAGUGGACACUAAAGGAACUUCCUUUGCAAGUAUGGAUGGACAGGAGGGUGGCCUCUGAGAAAAGGGUUCACAAACGGAUGCCACUUAGGCCAUGUGAUUUCAAAGUAGUUUGUGUUCACUUAGACAAAUUUGAAAUCUACAAGAGAGCAAAGAUAAGGGAAAUGGCCCCGAGUUCCACUGUCUCGUGCCAGUGACUAUCCCAGGAGUUCACACGUACGGGCGUCAUAUAAAUCUUCUUGUGGAGCCACUGUAUAUAUCAUGUUCUUCUCACCCCCUCAUUUCCCUGUUAUUAAAAUGCAUUUUAGUGCCUGGGUCAAAAUUCCAUUUUCUCUCCGGCACUGUCAUUUCUAUCAAGCCCAGAUAGUUCAUUGUUCAACCCCGUGGUACCCAGUACCGGGGAUACACACUCCUGCACAUACACUCGGGGUGCAGCUCUACUUAUUUCCCUUAGAGUAGUCUCCCCAAGUGGGAUCGUUGCAUUUACACAGCAUGGGAUUUUUCUUUUGUUUUUGCCUUAAACAACACUGGAUUCCUUGAGCCAAUUCCAAGUCCUCCCCUCCCCCGACAACACCAGCAAUUCUUCAACAGAAAAUAUUUUUUAACUCCAAUAAGAAAAUGACUAGGGACGCCUGGGUGGCUCGCCGGUUAAGCGGCUGCCUUUGGCUCAGGUCAU